AUGCAGUCAAGCAGUUCCUAUCCACCAAAUUCAAUUAAAACACUUGGGCCACUAAAGUAUUUUCUUGGCAUGGAAGUUGCCCGCUCAAGGGCUGGAAUUCAAAUUUGUCAACGUAAAUAUGAUUUGAACAUCUUAUUUGAGACUGGGUUACUUGCAGCCAAACCUUCUCCCCUUCCAAUGGAGCCUAAUCUCAAGCUUCAUAAGGAUGAAGGAGAACACUUUCAUGACCUUGCGCUGUAUAGGAAAUUAGUGGGCAAACUACUUUAUCUCACAAACACAUGUCCAGACCUCAGUUAUAGUGUAAAUUUAUUAAGUCAAUUCAUGGAGUGUCCACGAGUACCUCACUAUGAUGCCGUAAUCAAAGUCCUUCGGUACAUUAAAAGCACACUAGGCCAAGGAAUUUUUUUUUCCAGCUCAUCCCAGCUUCAACUUGUGUCUUACUCAGAUGCCAAUUGGGCAAAUUGCCCAGAUACGCGGCGAUCAAACACUGGAUUUUGCGUCUUUCUUGGUAAGUCUCUUGUUGCCUGGAAAUCCAAGAAGCAAAACACAGCUUCUCAUUUGUCAGCCGAGUCUGAAUAUAGGGUCGUGGCCGCUGUAGUGUGUGAGCUCACAUGGCUUCGAUCUCUACUGAAUGAUUUCGGCAUCACCAUUUCUGAACCCACAACAUUGUAUUGUGACAAUUUGACUGUGUUGCACAUAGCUGCAAAUCUUGUGUUUCAUGAACGUAUGAAACACAUUGAACUAGAUUGUCAGCUAGUUCGAGACAAAGUUUCGACUGGACAAAUCUCCACUGCGCAUGUUCCCUCAUCAAAACCACUUCAUUCACCCACAUUCUAUAGAUUACUGUCCAAGAUAGGAGUAAUCAACAUUUACUCUCCAUCUUACAGGGGGAUGAUGAAAUCACAAGAUGGAAUUGGACUGAAGCAAAUGCCUACGGUUCUUCCCGAUAAACACAGAAUGGCAAGAUGA